GAUUCUCAUAUAAAAGAUACUAUUUUCAUUUUUAUUGUUACACUGAUCAUUAUUAUUAUAGUGUGGCGCACCCACAUUAGGUGUGGAUGCACAAAGGCACAAUUAGUUCUACUGGCAUCGGAGUGUCGACCUCGGGAGCUUGGCCCAGAUGGCGCUAAGAUAAGAUAACCUUAAAAGCACAUAGACCAACGAGCCACAGCCACUAACAGUAGAAAAAUUAUCAUCAACCACGGGGACCGAGACGAACUGCACAAUAGCGUCCCCGCCCAAUAUACCCGCCGCGCAUGCCAUAUUUACCCUACAGAAGAACCCUAUGGAACUAGAAAGUGUGUGAAAAAGUUCAAAUACCUACAAUCAUGGCGGACACUACCUCCGCCACCAAGCCGAUCCACACCAUUGUCCUCGACGCAGCACCCCUCAUCCGCAAUGUACCCCCGAUCUCGACGCUGCUUGCACAGUCCCACGCCCUCAUCACCACCCCCGCUGUCAUUUCCGAAAUCAGAGACCCCGCUGCGCGCUCUAGAAUUGAGACCUUAUAUCUACCUUUCCUCACACAGCGCACUCCCAAACCGGAGUCUAUAAAGUUCGUUGCAGAGUUUUCACGGAAGACUGGCGAUAGGGCAGUGCUGAGUAGGCAAGAUUUGGAGGUUUUGGCGUUGGCAUAUGAGGUUGAGUGUGAGAGGAAUGGAGGCGACUGGCGGUUGAGAAGGGAGCCCGGACAGAAGGGGAUUAAUGGGAUGCCCCCUGCGAAGGUUGAGGAGGGGGAGAAGAAGAAGGAAGGGGAAGCAGACGAUGACGCCGGUGGUGAUGAGCCCGCUGUCGAACAACAGCCUAAAGUGGAAGAUUCCAUCGAGAAUGUUACGAACGACUUGGCUGAGUCGAUCCUAGCUGAGAAACAAGACCCCCAGGAAAACUGUGCAAGUGCCACGGACGGUCUUGCAGAAACACAACCAGAAGAAGAUUCUGCCCAAUACCCAACACCAACUCAAAUAGACGAAUCCGAUGACGACGACGACGACGAUGAAGAAGGCUGGAUCACCCCCUCCAACAUCAAAAAACGCCAGGUAAAAGACGCGGCAGCGGCAGCGGCAGCCUCCGUCGAAACAAAAACAAUGCAAGUCGCAACCAUAACCGGCGACUUCGCCAUGCAAAACGUCCUGUUGCGUAUGAAUCUCAACCUCCUCUCGUCCAACAACAUGCAGCGCAUCCGCCGGCUAAAUUCCUAUAUCCUCCGCUGCCACGGUUGCUUCGCCACAACCAAGGAAAUGGACAAGCAGUUCUGCCCCCGCUGCGGAAAACCGACGCUAACCCGCGUUUCCUGCUCCACAACCUCCGGGGGCGCGUUCAAGCUCCACCUUAAGAAGAAUAUGCAAUGGAAUACGCGGGGAGAUAGGUAUAGUAUUCCGAAACCGAUAGCGGGGACGUCAAGUGGGAAGUGGAAGGGAGGUGGAGGGCUGGGAGGCUGGGGGACUAACUUGAUCUUGACGGAGGAUCAGAAGGAGUAUGUGAGGGCGGUAGCAGAGGAGGGACGAAGGACGAAAAAGGAGAGGGAUCUUAUGGAUGAUGAUUUUCUACCUGGGAUUGUGACUGGGGAGAGGUUGAAGGGUGGUGGAAGGGUUAUGGUGGGGGCGGGUAGGGCGGUUAAUUCAAGGAAGAGGAGGUGAAGACAUUUUGGGGUUAUUUGUUUGAUUGCAUUUACGGUUUUGAAAAAAUGGUGGGAUAGAGUGCAGUGUUGUAUGGUUUUAUCCUUAAUGAUUUCAUCAUUUAACGAUUUCAUUUUUGUUACUAAUGCUGGGAAGGAAGCAAAGAUAGAGCGAUCGCAAAAUAUUUAAAUCUCAUAUUGACAUUUCAGGCACGGGAAACAGCUUAUAUAUGGAACGUACAGUACAAUAUGGAGUAUGCCAGUGCUAGCUGAAGUCGAAUAAUAGUCCAAUCUCAAAUCGACUUCCUCGAGUACAUCGGAAGUGUGGACUUGUACGGAGCCCACCAAAAGAAGAACCCGUAGAUAAGCAACAGCAGAUCAGACCAAUUACAAUAUAUGUCUCUUUUUUAACCAA